ACUUCUCUCUGGCUGGCAGUGGCUGCUCUCGCGACCUCCUCUCUCCAACAGGUCCUGCGCUAACAAUUUACAUGGCAGCAUGGCACACCCUCAGCUGCACACUUCUCUGUUCCGGCUGAGAGAUGCACAACAGGAGCACACAACAUGAACACCCCUUGCACCCAUUCCUGAUGACUCAACUCCAGGAGAAGGCACACACUUCAUGCCAGUGCUUCCAGAUAAUGAUGUGAUGUGGCUCAACUCCAUGGCAUAUAUAACAAGGCACAAGAUGAACAUAUGCUGGCUUUACAACUGCUGAUGCUGUGAUAACCUACAAAAUGAGGCUUCUAUUUCAUGGCAUGGUGUUGGUGAUCCUGAUCUCUAUCUCCUCCUUGGUCCUGUACUCUCUGCUACUUUGGGUUGUUGCUCCCACUACCCCAGGCCCGAACAGACUUACCACAGCCAGACUAAGGAAGAAUGAUGAAUAUAUAACAUUAGUUGGGUCAGAUAUUGAGUCUCACUUCUACACACUGGAGGUUCAUAAUUGUUCCCUACAGGCAACUGGGGUUAACAUAACUUGGAACAAUGCAAUCUGGCAGAAAGUUGAUGGAAGGAGAGUCUACCUUUACCGCUCUUACUACGAUAUCAGAUAUGCCUUUGGGGGCACCUCCUACCAUUAUGUCAGAAUCCUUGGCAUGUCUCAGGGUAAGAUUAAGGAGGAGGACCAUUACUAUUGUCAUCUAUGGUACCCCAGAGAGCAAGACCCAGUGGCUGUGAGGGCAGAUGUGUCAGAAGUUUGGCAACCCGUGUGGGACAGCAAACCAAAACCGGACAUAUACCACACAUACUUAUUCUCAUGUCCUGUCCCCUUACGAGUGCAUGGACAUCGCCCAUAUCCUGAGUUUGUGUCCCUGUCUUACCGUGCCUGUGAGAACAUGACCACACAGUUAAAGGUUCAUCAUGAUGGAAUCAAAGCCUGGCAGAGGAAUGAGAGGAAGGGAAAGUACAUUGUGUGUGUCAAGGGAAUGAAUUUUGAAGAGGACGUGUCAGUGAAGCUUAUUGAAUGGCUGGAGAUGAUUUUUAUCUUAGGCGCUGAUAAGAUUCUCAUAUACAAGUACACUGUGCAUCCCAAUGUAGCAAAGGUGUUGGAUUACUACCACAGCAAAGGGAAGGUGAUGGCUGUGCCUCUCACUCUGCCAGGAGACCAACCCAAUGAGCCCAAGCAACGAACGCGCUACCUCAAAAAGGCAUUGUGGCAGAAACGACGAAAUGAACUCAUCCCAUACAACGACUGUCUCUACCGCAACAUUUAUCUGUACGACUACAUUGUGCCUCUGGACGUGGACGAGGUCAUCAUCCCAGUCGGCAGCCACACUUGGUCACAGAUGUUUACAAAGUUACAAAGGAAGCAGCCAAAGGCUCUUGAGAAAUAUGCAUCCUUUUCAGCCCAGAAUGCUUACUUCUUUGAUGUGUUCAAUGUCACAUCUGACCCUGAGAUUCCUUACUACUUCCACAUGCUGCGGCACACGAUUCGGAGUGCCAACUUCAGCAUCCAUGGUCAUUCUGUCAAGAGCUUCAUAUCCACCAAGAACUCCCUGACGGUGUUCAACCACUACACACUCGAGUCCCUCUACCCAAGACUGAAGCGUAACUUGGUAAUGAACACUUCCUUAGCUCAGAUCAACCACUACAAGAAGCGCUGUCCCCGGGAGAUGUACAGCCAGUGCAAGAGCAAGUUUUUGGUGUACACAAAGAAGGACAAUAUCAUAAAGAAAUAUAAAGAUAAACUCAUGCCAAGAGUGGAGUUGGUAAUCAGUGACCUCAGUUUGUUAGUUUAAUGUUUGUUGUUUUUUUAGUUGUUACUUUGUACGGCAUGGCUAGGUUAAUGUUAAAGAUGAUGCUUCGACAAGUUACUGUGAUUGUUGAUUAAGAGGUUGACUUGUGAGACCUUCAUCAUGUGUGUAAUGUAAUUCAAGGCAGUGAGGAGGCCUGGUGCCCCUUUAUGCAGGAUGUAAACAUACACUGCCUGAUAUAGAAUUGAUGCUUCUUGCAGCUUCCCUAAUUUUCUCACGCUCUGUACCUACAUUACAGUUACACACCAAAUGAGUCAACAGUGAUAUUAGUGGUAAUGUUGGUCAUAAUGAUGGUCACAAGUGCAAUGUAAUGUUAGUUGUGAGGUUACCAAGAUUUUCAUGCACCAUGCAGUCUGUGGGAGUGUCUGUCAUUGCAUCAGUGAGUGUUGAUCUUUGGCAGCUGUUGCAUUUCUGACAUUGUUUUCUAUGGACUUCCCCCAAAGAGGUGGCCAGUACUGAAACUUCCAUCCGACCUCCUUUAACAAAUAUAUGUCCUUAUAUAUUUUUCCUUAUCUUAUGCUCAUCCUGUAUCUUAUAAUACAUACCUCAUCUCAAAUACUUUAUUUUUUUAAGUGUUUUUAUAAAUCAUCAUCUUUGAUCACUCAGUUUCCAUUUAAAAUCAGUAAUCUUGACAUUACUGCCACCAAUAUACUCUUACAUCUCAUUAUUAUUAUGUUAUGGGGAAAUCUUUGUUGUCUGAACAUUUUUGCUGCCUUUCAUGAAAUACCCAUGUCACAGUGCCAUUAUGAUAGAUCAAAAUACAGCACUCAACCCCUCCCUUCAUAUCCCAUCAUACUUGUGUUCCCUUUGUAAUCCUCAAUGCAUGCCAUUUCCUACAGGUUCCUUACCUAUACUAAUCUCUUCCUCUCUUAGCCUUUCUUCACGUUUCCUCAGCACUGUCUUUAUGUGAAGGGGUCUCAGCAUAUAACCAUCUCUUCAGAACAUGACUGCUGCAUUCUUUGUCCUCUCUAUCAUCAGUAUUAGCAGCAGCAGUAAGACUUGUUUCUAUUGCUUAAUAACACAUUCAUUCACUUUCUUGCACAAUAACUUAUACGAGUAUCUGUCACUUCCCCACGGAUCUUAAUGCAUUUCACAAACACUGCAGUCAAAUCUUGUGUAGUUUGCUGAAUGCUGUCAUACAACUCUUGCUACUCUUUAAUGUUGUAAUAGAAGUUAUAUCUGAAUACUACUGUUCUUCCUCAAAUAUGCAAGUAGAUGGAUCUCUUUCAUGUAUGCAUACCACAAUAUUCUAAUUCUAUGCACUUUUUUGUUCAAGUUGUUGCACUUUUUAAAUGAGACAUACAAUCUUUAAAUCAAAAUCAAUCAAAAUAAAUUGCGCACAAUCUUUCCAGCAAAAUAGAUCAAACUAAACCAAAUGCUUCAUUGAAAAGUAUUGAAUGAUCAAAUAGAAUAGGUGUAUGAACUGAGAGUCAGUCAUACCACAGUGAAGACAUUUUAUCAUAACAUUAUGCCAUAACCUUGUGUAAGGUCAGUGAAAAAUGAAAGAUCCAGUCUUGGGGAGUACCAGUGACAAGUAGUGCUCACUUCCACCUUAUUUUCCAUCUUUCUGCACCCAUAACUCAUCUAUAUAGUGUCUUGGAUGUCAGGGUUUUUGUAAGGAAAUUGAGACCAGAGGGUUUCAGACUGAAAAGAAAGUGCAAAAGAGUGGAGUUAUUUGGAAGGAGCCAAGUAGGAGGAGGAAAUAAAAAAGAGUGGAAGUUAGAGAUCAUCUGUGAUUGCUAAAAAUGGGUAAGUGUAAUCUAUCUAACCUCACAAAGGAAGAGAUGGAUGCUUAAGGAAAUGAGAUGAUGAGUGGAAGUGUGUAACAGUUUGCUGGAAUUAUGGCCAUGACUGUAUCUGCCUGACUUUAUCUAAAUAAGAAUCCGACGUAAAGUUAGCUUCAACACUAAUCAAGGACAAAGAAGGAAAAUAUCUUCUGAAUUUCUCCAUUACUGUAGCAGCUAUGUAACCACUGUGACUAAUGUUACACUCAUGUAAUAGAUACUCAAGAUGCAUAAUAAAAUUAUCGUACUUUA